CACACACACUUUCCCUUUAGGCACACAACAACAGCAGUACUUAAUUUGGGAAUGGGAAGAUCAUACCAAAUAAUCAUGUUAGAGAACAAGGUUUUUUCCUGUUUUGUAUUCUAUAGUGUUCUCCUGGUAAUCAAGAUGUACAUCAUAGCAAUCAUCACUGGACAAGUAAGGCUGCGCAAAAAGGCUUUUGCGAACCCAGAGGACGCGCAGAGACAUGGUGGCCUCCAGCACUUCAGACAGGAUCCAGAUGUAGAGCGGUGCCAAAGGGCUCACCGUAACGACAUGGAGAAUAUCGUCCCCUUCCUGUUCCUGGGGGCCGUCUACUCCCUGAUUGGCCCGUCGCUGGCCGUGGCCCGCGCUCACUUCCUGGUCUUCUUCCUAUUCCGCAUGCUCCAUACGCUGGCCUACCUCUGUGUCCUGCGGGCACCCACGCGCUCCCUGGCCUACGUGAUCGCCCAGGUGCCCUGCAUCUCCAUGGCCGUUCAGAUUCUCGCGGCGGUGUCCUCGUAUGCGUCUUCUGACUCUAUUGGUGACCGCGUCAAUCUGUGACCAAUCUCAGUGGAUGAUUAGGGCCUGAUAAGAGCAGUAGAGAAUACUGCUUGUAAGAGGGACAGAUGUUUUUCAUAUGAGGGAAAUCCUAAAGACUGUAUUGUCAUCAGACUGCAAUGCUACAUUAGCAGUUUGUGCCUCUCAGCAAUGCUCUAUGAAGUGUACACUGUUGUGCUCCAGCUAGUACAUCUUCAUGUAGUACUGUAUUCUUCUACAUCUUAGUCACAUAGCAGACGAUCUUGUCCAGAGCAACUUGCAGACGCCUUGCUCAAGGGCACAUAGACCGAUUUUUCACCUAGUUGGCUCGGGGAUUUAAACUAGCAACCUUUCAGUUUUAGCCCAAUGCUCUUAACGGCCAGGCUACCUACAGUGUGGAGAACAAGUAUUUGAUACACUGCUGAUUUUGCAGGUUCUCCUACUUACAAAGCAUGUAG